AUGGCAGCUUACAUGUGUAACUGAGUUGUGAUGUUUCAAUAGUAAACUGCAACGCUACAUGGUUUCCUGAGACCGCGCUGAGAGCAAAGAUCAUGACCGAGACCGUGGACGGCGCGACAGAGGGUGUCUCAUCGCUGACUGAAGUGGGAGAGCAUGUCACGAAAGAUGACAAGACGAACGAGGGAAAUCACGCCCCGGAGAAAGACGAGGCUAACAUGUACCGCUACAUCAAAGACGACCUUUUUACGUCUGAGAUUUACAAAGUGGAGAUCCAGAACCUGCCCAAGUACAUUGGCUUCAAUGACCUGAAGAAAUUCCUGAACAAGCAUAGCCUCAAUCCGCACAAGAUCAAACUCAUGGGGAAGCAGUCGUUCGCGUUUGUCACGUUUAAGAACCAAGAAGAGCGGGACAAAGCCAUGAAGGCGGUUCACGGGAUGCAGUGGAAGGGUCGAGUGCUUAGCGUGCGACUGGCUAAGCCUAAAGCCGACCCCAUUCUUAAGAAGCGUAAGCAGGAAGAGUCCGCGGCAGAGGGCGGGCAGCCGGCCUGUAAGAAACCUGCCGGAGGCCAAGACGAGGAAGAGGAGGACGAAGAACCUCUGAGUAUACAGAUCGCCAACGCGGUGACGCCGCUGUGGAACGUUCCCUACGAGGAACAGCUGCGUAGAAAAGAACAGGAGGUUGAAGGAGUUCUGCAGAGAUUAGCGAGGGAAAUUGGCAAUAACAACAAAGCUAUGCUUCCAUGGCUGUUCAUCCAGAAGGAGAAGUGUAAUAAAAUGUGCUGUCCGCUGGAAGCCAUACGCCCGUCCCCUGUCCAGACUGAAUACAGGAAUAAGUGUGAGUUUGUGAUUGGCAUGGGAGCUGACGGCGAGGAUAAGACAGUGGGUUUUCGGCUGGGGAAAUAUAAAGGGGGCUCGUGUGCUGUGGUGAGUCCCGGUGACACCAUCCAUGUCCCCGCCCAAGCCAAGAGAGUGGUCCAGGACUUCCAGCAGUACAUCAGAACAACUCCGUACUCCGUGUACAGUCCUGAGACGUAUGACGGCCACUGGAGACAGCUGACCGUCCGCACAAGCAGGACCAAUCAAAUUAUGGCAAUCGUCUUCUUCAACCCACAGAAACUUCCAGAAGAAGAGAUUGAGACCCUGAAGGGCUCGUUAAAACAGUACUUCACAGUCGGAGCAGGGAAAGACAGCGGUGUUACCUCUUUGUACUUUUUAAGGAUUGGACAGAGGACAUCUCCAAACACGGAGGACUUGCCGUGCGAACUGGUCGCAGGAGAUGAGUGGAUUCACGAGGAGCUUCUUGGAUUGAAGUUCCGGAUUUCUGCUCACUCCUUCUUCCAGACAAACACACUUGCGGCAGAGGUUCUUUACUCUGCGGUCGGGGAAUGGGCCCAGUUAGAUCAAGACAGCACGGUUCUGGAUGUGUGCUGCGGUACUGGAACUAUCGGAAUCUCUUUGGCAAAGAGAGUGAAGAAGGUGAUCGGAGUGGAGCUGUGUCAGGCGGCAGUGGAGGAUGCCAAGGUCAAUGCUGAAGCUAACGGCCUGACCAACGUGGAGUUCCACUGCGGCAAAGCUGAGGAUAUUUUUCCAACGUUGCUUAAUGCCGUGGUGUCCACAAAUCUCACAGCUAUCGUUGAUCCUCCCCGGGCAGGGCUACAUUCCAAAGUUAUUCUGGCCAUUAGAAGAGCUGAGAACCUCAAGAGGCUUGUGUACGUGGCCUGUAACGCCAAAGCCGCCAUGAACAACUUCACUGAUCUGUGCAGGGCUCCGUCUAAUCGGGUCCGAGGGGCUCCGUUCCGUCCUGUGAAAGCCAUGGCCGUGGACCUGUUCCCUCAGACCAUGCACUGUGAGGCCAUCCUACUGUUUGAGCGCGUGGACUACAGCAGUCAAAGCGCCGACGCCGCGGAACAGCAAACUGCAGACGGCUAGAGAACAGCGUUUCCCCGUCCUCUGUUUCCCUCCUCCGCAGAACAGAGACUCUUCCCAGUGCCUCUGACCUGCUCGCUGGAUACGCCCUGACAAAGCCGUGUUUGUUCUGUGCCUUUUUUUUUGGUUUGUUUUGGUUUUUUUUGACAUGUUCGUGCAGACUUGCGUUAAGUUGAACGUUCUUUUCGUCAGGGAGGGAAACCAUCUUUUUUUCUAUUGGAGAAAGGAGAUUAGCAGUGUUCCUAUUGGACAGCCUUGGUUGGUUAGCAGCGUUCCUAUUGGGCGGCCUUGAUUUGGUUUGUGGAUGUUCAUUUAAAACACCCUGCCAACUGCUUGGCUCACUUAGCAAGUUGUAACCGGUUCUCAAGCCACAUCAUAAACUGUCUUAAGUUCACCUACA